UCCCGCGUCUCCCAGCAACGCUUUACAGGGCCUCGCUGAUUCGCCGGCGGCUCCCCUGCCGCCAUUUUUCAAACGCCGUAAUGUUGACUAUGGCGGCUCCUUCCUGACAGAAAGCCCUUUCCCUCCUUCCGCUCUCCCCGCCUCAGAAGAGCCCCCUCCCCGAGACCUCUGCCCCUCUCUCACGGUCAUGGAGCCGGAGCCCGCGGCAGUGGAGAGCCCGGCCCCGGGGGCCGAGCAGCCCCAGCCCCGCAGGCGCAGCGGCCGGUUGACUGCGUGCCGGGCGUCCAGUGCGGACGAUCCCGAGGCCCGGCUGGAAGAUCCCCGGUCGGAAGAUCCCCGGUCGGAAGAUCCCCGGUCGGAAGAUCCCCGGUCGGGGCCGGAACCGCGGAGGAGAUACUCCCUUCGACGAGGCAGUUCCUUCACAUUUCUAACACCUGGACCACACUGGGAUUUCACUUUGAAAAGAAAACGAAGAGAAAAAGAUGAUGAUGUUGUAAGUCUUAGCAGUCUGGAUCUUAAGGAACCAAGCAAUAAAAGAGUUCGAUCUCUGGCCCGGGUUUCAUCAUUGGCAAAUUUAAUUUCUCCUGUGAGAAAUGGAGCAGUCAAACGUUUUGGUCAAACAAUACAAUCAUUUACACUUCGUGGUGACAACAGAUCUCCUGCUUCUGCCCAGAAACCGUUUAACAGGGCUACUGUUCCAACUCCUUCUAAAAGAAGAAACAGUGUAAGAUGGUCAGAAAUGUUAGAUAUCAAUAUGAAAGAAUCUUUAACCACCAAAGAAAUCAAGCGUCAAGAGGCAAUAUAUGAAAUGCUCCGAGGAGAACAGGACUUAAUUGAGGAUCUUAAACUUGCCAGAAAGGCCUACCAUGACCCCAUGUUGAAGUUAUCUAUUAUGUCAGAGGAAGAACUCACACAUAUAUUUGGAGAUUUAGAUGCCUACAUACCACUUCAUGAAGAUCUCUUGGCAAGAUUAGGAGAAGCAACAAAGCCAGAUGGGACAGUAGAGCAAAUUGGUCAUAUUCUUGUGAACUGGUUGCCAGGUUUAAAUGCUUAUAGAGGAUACUGCAGUAACCAGCUUGCAGCUAAAGCUCUUCUCGAUCAGAAAAAGCAAGAUGCAAGAGUUCAAGAUUUCCUUCAACGAUGUCUUGAGUCUCCUUUUAGUAGAAAAUUAGACCUCUGGAGCUUCCUGGAUAUUCCCCGAAGUCGCCUAGUCAAAUACCCUUUGUUAUUAAAGGAGAUUCUCAGACAUACACCCAAAGACCACACUGACAUAAAACUUCUAGAAGAAUCUCUGUUGGUAAUGCAAGGAGUACUCUCUGAUAUUAACUUGAAGAAAGGAGAAUCAGAAUGCCAAUAUUACAUUGACAAAUUGGAAUAUCUGGAUGAUAAGCAAAAAGAUCCUAGGAUUGAUGCUAGCAAGGUGUUGCUUUGCCAUGGAGAACUAAAGAAUAAAAAUGGACAUAAACUCUAUGUUUUCUUGUUUCAAGACAUCCUUGUUUUGACUCGUCCUGUCAUACGCAAUGAACGCCACUCUUACCAAGUUUACCGCCAGCCUAUUCCUGUCCAGGAGUUGGUUUUAGAGGAUCUGCAGGAUGGUGAUGUGAGAAUGGGAGGUUCAUUUAGAGGUGCUUUUAGCAACUCAGACAAAGCUAAAAAUAUCUUCAGAGUUCGUUUCCGAGAUCCUUUGCCAGGACAGUCCCACACUUUACAAGCUAACGAUGUGUUCCAUAAGCAGCAGUGGUUCAAUUGUAUCCGAACCGCCAUUGCCCCCUUUCAUCAGACCACCAGCCCAACAGAAUUUAAGGGUUUGUCAGAGCUCAAUAAGGGAUGUGAAAAGAACAAUACUUUGGCAUCACACAUCAAGGCUCAAAGGAAGUCAUCAACACUUUCUGGUCUCAUUCCUCUAGAAGUGGAUGAAAAUUCUCCAGAAUAUGCUUCCAGUGUAGCUAUAAAUGAAGACUCCACAGGUAUAAAACCAUACCGAAUACAAUCUGGGUCCCAAAAAGCACAAGAGAAGGCCCAACUGAAUGAUAAAAGGAAAGAGACUUUGGUGUAAAUGGGACCAUGUACCAACUGAAGAAAAGACUAUAAAUAUGUAUAUUUUCCUUUCAUUCAAUGUGAACAUGUUAGAAUGACUUUUUUUAAUGGCAGCUACUGGUAUCAUAAUAACUUUGUUAAACUAAGGUCUGUUUUUUAAAGAAUAUGGAAUUUAUAAUUUCUUAAUUUGUC